GUGCGAGAGAAGAAGAAGAAGAAGAAGAGGAACCUGCUCAGAGAAGAGAGAGAAUGAACAGGAGCGUGCCAGAUUGGAUGAAGAGCUCGCUGUGGCCGUCCUUCGAUGAUCGGCACCAUGCCAUUGUGGACACAGCAGAGACACCAACUCCAAGAAGCUCCAUCCCUCCUAACCAGCCUGAUACCGCCGUCCUGCCUCCCCCUCCUCAGAGGGUGGUCUCUUCCCCCCCUGCUCCUCUCUCCCAUCAUGCUUCUGAAACUCCCAGGUCGACUCCGGCUCCUUUACUCGAAGACGCCUCCCGCGGAGAUCGAUUCCAUGCUGCGUUGUCGAAGAGGAAUAUCGAUUUGGCAGAGUUGCGGAUGUUAACGGCGGAGGGUGUGCCGGAUUCUGGCGGAAUUCGGUCGGUUUUAUGGAAGGUUCUUCUGGGGUAUUUGCCAACCAACAGGGAUUUGUGGGCAGAGGAAUUGAGGAGGAAACGAGCUCAGUAUGGUUCUUUUAAGGAGGAACUGCUGCUUAGCCCUUCAGAACUUGCACGAAGGCUAGAAAAAUUCAAUGGGAUGGAAAAUGAAGACAGCUGUGCAGGAAGCGGUUUGCUGCAUAGAUCAGAAAUAACUCAUGGGGAGCAUCCUUUAAGCCUUGGAGAAACCAGUAUCUGGAACAAGUUCUUCCAGGACACAGAAAUCAUGAAGCAAAUUGAUCGGGAUAUCAAACGUACUCAUCCUGAUAUGGAUUUCUUUUGUGGGGAUUCUCCAUCAGCGAAGUUGAAUCAGGAAGCAUUAAAACAUGUGCUAGCAGUAUUUGCAAAGCUUAAUCCUGGUAUACAAUAUGUACAGGGGAUGAAUGAAAUAUUAGCUCCCCUCUUCUAUGUGUUCAGGAAUGACGCAGAUGAACAAAAUGCGGCACAAGCAGAGCCAGACUCCUUUUUCUGUUUUGUCACAUUGUUGAGUGGUUUCAGAGAUCAUUUUUGCCAACAACUUGACAACAGUACUGUGGGAAUCCGGUCAACAAUGUCAAGGCUGACACAGAUUUUACGAGAGCAUGAUGAAGAACUCUGGCGUCAUUUAGAGAUUACAACUAAGGUAAAUCCUCAGUUCUAUGCAUUUCGGUGGAUAACACUGCUUUUGACUCAGGAGUUCAAUUUCACAGAUAGCUUACACAUCUGGGAUGCACUUCUAAGUGAUCCAGAUGGCCCCUUGGAAUCCCUGCUUAGACUGUGCUGUGCUAUGCUCAUUCUCAUACGAAAGCGUCUCUUGGCUGGUGAUUUUACGUCUAACCUUAAAUUGCUUCAAAACUAUCCAUCAACAAGUGUCAAUCAUCUUCUUGAUCUUGCUGAUAAAUUGCGAGGCCUUCCAAUUCUAUAGCUCAUUCUUCAGAGACUCCCCAAGUUUCUCACCGUUGCCUCAAUAGAAAGCACAGCAGCUAACGUCAUAUGUUAGAUGAUCGGUUUGAGCCGAGCCUUCUUUUUCUUCACUUGUACUCCAUUCUACUUGAUUCUCGUAUCCCUAUUUGGUUGGCUAGUUAAAACUUUUGCCCAAAUUAAUUUUCUGAACAUUCUUUUAAUAAAUAAAUUUGAGAUGUGAUCAAGUAGAAUUUAGUAACUAGAUCGCUUGUGAUGGAGUAGAAUCCACUUACUCGAUACUUGUGAUCAAGCAGAACCGAACUACUAAAUCUUCCAUGUGUACUUUCUCCUUUUCCCUGUUCAUAUGUACUGUCUUGGAAGUUGCAUACCAAAAUGUAAUGAAAUUUUCUCAUCGGAUGUAACAUCAGAACAUUUUUCUUUUGUGUUCCGUGUGGAGUAUUUAUUCAAUAAGAGUUUAUUUGUUCCAA